AUUUAUUACCCGUUCAUUGAAUUUGUAGGUUGCACUAUAAACUGGUAACGAGUGCAAUCAAGAAUGUGCUGCUCUACUUCAUUUGCUACUUUAACUUUGCAGUAAUUCUUGCAAAUUGUAUUGUCAAACUGCUUAGCUAUAGUUUGUUUUUAUAUGCGACGAUAAUAUUAAAAUGUAAAUAUAGUUAAACUCACUUGCUAAUUGAUUAUUAUUGAGAAAAUUAUUUUACCUUAACGAUGGACUUGUUGAUGGUGAACAUUUUGCGUGCUAAAUGUAAUAUUUUAUUCAUGAUAUCUAUAACGAAUAUAUCUGCCUUGCUAGCGCAUGUCCUUCUUGGUUUCGCAUGAACUAGACAUAAUACUAUGUUGAGCGGAAAACGAUGUUAUUGUGUUCCAUUUUACAAGUUCUACAAUCGGAGUAAUAUAUCUUAGUGAAUACUAUAUUAAAAUAUCGUAGUUAAGAGAAAAAGUGUUUAAAAUUUGGUAAUAAAGUUAAGGUGAUUCCGCGGUAUGGACAGUCAAGUGUGUGGAGAUGGUAGAUUGUUGGAUCUGAUUGACGAUGCUUGGAGAAAGGAACGGCUUCCAAUUGAUGAAAUUAUAGUACCUCAAACUGAACUACCUGAUCCUGAAAGUGAUAACGGCGAUUCUCAUAUGACACUUAAAGAACUUGAGCAAAAAUGGAAUAACCUUGCACUUGGCACACUUAGCGAAAACCAUAUGCAUUCUCCAACUCCGUCUCAUAAUUAAGUUUAUUACAAAAAUCAUUGGGAGAUAUUUAUUACAGAUCAUUUAUUUCUUUACAAAUAUAUCAGUUAUAUUAGGUGUAUUAUAAUGGAGUUUCCUAGUGUUGGGAUUCGUUGCUCUGUUAAUGGCUGCAAACAGUUAGAUUUUUUACCAUUCACGUGUCUUCAUUGUCAGGCAAUUUUCUGUAAGAAACAUUUUAAUGUAACAUCCCAUGCCUGUUCAAAAUUCAUUGAUAAUGUCGUAUCAACAAAAGAAAAUUCAGCUAGUUACUGUUGUUCUCAAGAUUCUUGUGAGCAAACUUCACCUGUUGAAAUGAAUUGUGUCAAGUGCAGAUUACACUUUUGUCUUGCACAUAGAUACCAUGGCUGUUUAGAAAUUAGUGAGGAACAAAAAGCCAAAGAAUUGGAAAAAUGGCAGAAACCUAAACAGGAAUUUGUACAAGCUAAGGCAACUGUAGAUCAACAAAUUACAAACUCUUUGAAGAAGGCAAAGAAUACAUCCAUGGCUAAUAAAGUGCAGUUAAUGCGAUUGAAAGGUCAAGCUCUUGGUCCAACCAGUAUACCAUCCACAGAACGAAGAUAUUUUCUCAUAUAUCCACCAAUUACAAAUUCUGCUAAAACCAUUGGAAAACCAAAAGCUGCAUUUGUUUGUGUUCGAUGGUCUCUUGGCAGAGCCAUCGAUGGCCUAGCAAGUAUCCUUGGUAUACCAAAUACGAAUAACGUAGCAAGUGCAAAAAAACUAAAGCUAUUUCAUCAUAUCAGUGGAAGUUGUGUGUCUGAAAAAAUGGAUGUACUUUUAUCAGAACUAUUGGACAGUUCCAGUCUUACUGACGGUCAAAGUUUAAUUUUGGAAUAUUCUGAUACAGCAGAAAUAGAUUCAUCUUUAUACAAUUAAAAUCUAUGAAAUAGUAAAACAAUCCUUAUUUUGUAUCGUAACACUGCAUUAAUUACAGUACUCUUUAUUAACGUA